AUGAUUUAUGACAAAAUUACAUAUAAGAGACUUUGUUUAAUAAUCAUAGUUCUUAUUGCGGUAUUUAUUGCCGUUAAUUAUGCACAUCCAACUCUUGAACGGAAGAAUUCAGCAAGCAUUCUUCGAAAACGACAAGAUCCAAAAUCUCCAAAAGAGCCGGCACCUGAACAACCGAAAGAGCCUGAACCCGAAUCACCAAAAUCACCAAAAGAGCCUGCACCUGAACAACCUAAAGAGCCUGAACCCGAAUCACCAAAAGAGCCUAAAUCACCUAAAUCACCAAAAGAGCCAGAACCCACUUGUGUUGAAGAUGAUGAAACUACAUGUCCAGAAGAACCUAAAGAACCCGAGUCCGAUUGCGUUGAAAAUGAUGAAACUAAAUGUCCAGAACCUAAAGAACCAGAGCCCGACUGA